AUGAACGACGCCUCCAAUUUCCUCAUCUCCGCCGCCAACCACAGAUUCUCCGACGGCGAGGACGCAGCUGCGGACGACGAGGACGACUUUGAGACAUGGGAAGCCCUAAGCAAGAGCUUCGGAGAGGUCCAAUCGGUGCUCGAUCGCAACCGCCGCCUAAUUCAGCAGGUCAACGACAACCACCGCUCCAAAAUUCCCGAUAAUCUGGCCAAAAAUGUCGCGCUCAUAUGCGAGAUCAAUGAUAACAUGUCAAGAGUCGUCGGCCUCUAUUCUGGUCUCUCCGCCACCUUGUCCGCCGUCGUUCGGCGGCGGCGCGAAGGAAAUGGAAUAUUGAAAUAA